AUGAUAAUAAUUAUUGUUACUUCAAUUCCAGUUUUUUGUCAGAAUCAUGAACAAAGAACAUACCGUGAAUUAAUAACAGAACGAGUUUUAUUCACACCCGAAUAUAAUCGAGUUAUUAGCCAUGCCGAGUUACCAGUUGUAAAGGAUGAGUUAUCAAUUACGCUAAAGAUAAAUGGUUUAGAACAUUGUCCUGAUUCUAUAUAUUGUACUGUAAAAACAGAAUCCAAUCGUACACCUGCACUCUUCUUAAAACUGAGUGACUCAACUCCGUGUCCACGUCUCUUGAUUACUGGAAAUUUUGAUAUUGGAUUUGAUAUGGAUGGUUAUGGAUUCCUACUUAACCGAUGGUACCAUAUAGCAUACACACUUUCAGACUCUGAAAAACGAGUAGAUUUCUAUAUAGGUGGUAAAUGGGUUGGAUCUUUCAGUAUUAAAAAUGUUCAGAAUCAAUCUAUCAUAUUUAAUGAUGGCCCAUUAUACAUUGGAAGUCAUCUCGUCUGGAAUGGAUUUACUGGACAAAUUAGCAAUUUUCGUUAUUAUAAUUUUCGUCUAUCUCACAAUGAAGUAUUAAUGGAUUAUUCAGAUGAAGAUCCAACAAAAAGUAUUGAUUAUAAAUGUCCAAAUAGAUUUUUCGAUGAUUUAAGUAUAGGACUCUUUCUUGGUCUUACAAUAUUGGCAGGUGGUUUUUUUACAAAUAUAAUCAUAAAUCGAAGAAGAUAUCAAACAAUCCCUAAUGUUAUGUAA